AUGCGAUUUGCGCGGCUGCACCGGAUGCUGCUUGACAGGCAGCGAAGGCGGCUGUUGACUGCAGAGCACACCAUCCAUUGCCGCCUCAGGUCGUUGUCAUUUGCUCAAGUGCUCUUCUGGCCGCUGGAUACUGCUCACAGCCUGCUCCGGCUGAACGGUAUCAAGACCAUUGGGCGACUGUCCAGCGACAGAGGAAACCCCAGGGAAUUCUGGUACGUCUUGCUGGUCUUUUUCGCGUACUUGGUCAUUGCAACAGCGACGCACAAGUAUCGCCUGAGGAGGGCCGAGGCUAAGGCAGCGGCAAGCAAAGAGGCCAAACGCCAGAUGGCCGACAAGUGCAGACGAGCGAAACCAUGGCUGGCUGCCCCGCGGCAGGACCCAGCGACAGAUCCUGCGAGCCACAGCGCCAAAAUAGCGCCCGGCCAUCGAUUGCCGCCGGUCAAGCGCCGGCAUAGUUGCUGCAUCUGA